AUGGCGAGUGCCGCAGUCGCAACUCAACCAUCACAACAACACCUUGGGGCUGGCCCAACUUCUCGUACCUCGUCGCCUAUGGACAAUAAGAAAGCCACAGCGAAGCAAGAAGCAUCACAAACUUCCCCGUUGCAGGCUAAAUCAUCACUUCCAGAACCACAAUCCACCUCGCUGGUCGAAGAUCCCAAGCCCGUCGUUCAAGCAUCAGAACCCCUUGCGCCGCCGCCGCGACCUGCGCCCACCACUCAAGCAGACACCCCCGACUACUUCUCGUCCUUGCACAACAACGGAAGCAGCAUCGGCCAAGAAUUCAAUCCUUUUGAACAAUCAUUCGGAGCACCCUCGACAGAGACCCCCGGCAAAAACUUGCUACCUCCUGUCGCGGCUCUCACAUCCCCAGCCAUCCCAGGCACCAGCUCAACCGGUGGCUACAACUGGCAAAGCUCUCUUCGGUCAGGGCCGCUGAGCCCUGCAAUGUUGGCUGGUCCGCAACAAGGUGAUUACUUUGACAGUAUCGGCCGUGGCUUCCCAACGCCCAACGAGUCGUCCCUCCGGACUGGUCUGACUCCAGGCGGUGGCGGGUCUAUGUUUCCCGUCCCCAGCCCCAAUUCACAAGCGCUCUUUAAUUCGUUGCAAAGUGGCGGCGCAACGCCUGGCACUCUUGAUUUCCAUCGCACAGCCAUCAACGCUGCGGCGAGAAACAAGAACCAAUUUGCCAACACUUCCAACCCACAGGAGACUACCACCACCACCACCACCACCACCACCACCACCACCAACAACAUGGAUUCGGUCCACGACGCCACCGACGCUGCCAAUGGCCUGUUCAUGCUAGCGAAAGGAGGCCAAGCUAGCAAUCAGUUCGCCGUGCCCAACCCGGCGCCUGUUCCGACUGUUGGUCAAGAUCAAAAGCGGAAUAGCUCUGACGCCGGUGAAAGCCCUGAGAGCCCCCAGGAUCCCAAGCCAACCACGCGGAGUGGCCGUGGUAAGAAGGCUGCCAAAGCCGAGCCAGCCAGCAACCGGAGAAAGUCAGAAGCCAGUGCCAAAGGAAGCAAUAAACGUGCCAAGGGCAAUUCGGGAGCUCCCAACGUGGAUCCUGCCCUUGACCCUCGCGGCGACGACGACGACGACGACGAUGAUGAAGACAGCGAUGAAGCCGAAGAGCAAGAAAAGACCACGACAACAACCAACAGCGGUAACAACAAAAAGAUGACGGAUGAAGAGAAGCGGAGGAAUUUCCUUGAACGCAAUCGGCAAGUCCCCAUCAAGCCCUCGAGUGCUGUCGCACGCGGACUAACCAGUGUAGUGUUGCCGCACUGA